AUGGUUGGGGUAACACCUGAAGGAGUUGAAGUACCCCGUAGCCUGGUUGAUAGGGAGAUGCAAAAGAAAUUACAAUCUAUGCCCAAAGAGUUUCAACCGGCCACUCCUGUUGGGCCAGAUCCAAAGUGGCGGUACAUGUGGAGAAUUGGACCUCGGCCAUCAAAUACCCGUUUCAAGGAACUGAAUGCUGAACCAGUCAUACCUGAGGGGUUUCCAGAAUGGAAAGAUACCAUGGAUUCAUGGGGCUACAAAAUGAUAUCUGCUAUAGAGGCUGUUGCAGAAAUGGCAGCAAUAGGGUUUGAUUUGCCUAAGGACGCAUUCACUUCUCUAAUGAAGCAGAUAUGCCGCAAGGAGCCGUACCUGUUGCUUUUCCACGACAUGGUCCAAGUUCAUGGACCACAUCUUCUUGCUCCAACUGGGAGUGACCUUCGGCGUCAUGGCCAAGAGGGAAUGGUGUUUGCUGGAUAUCAUUAUGACCUUAACUUUCUAACAAUUCAUGGCAGAAGUAGAUUCCCAGGUUUAAACAUUUGGCUAAGAAAUGGACAAAAGAUGGAAGUUAAGGUUCCCGUAGGAUGUCUCUCCUCAUUCAAACGGGAAAGCAGGUCAGAUCAUAUUUGUACUGGUAGUCAUAUAGAAUGGUUGACAGCAGGAGAAUGUAUAGCUGGCAUGCAUGAAGUUGUGGUCACUAACAGGACAAUUGAUGCAAUUAAACUUGCAUCAGAGCAACAUCGCAGCCUCUGGAGAGUAUCAUCAACAUUGUUUGCACACAUUGCAUCUGAUGCUGUGCUGAAGCCUCUAGGCCACUUUGCCGAGUUUCCAGAAGCCAGCAAGUAUCCAUCUAUCUGUGCCGGAGAAUUUGUAGAAAAAGAGCUUGCUGUAAUUAAUCUCAAAGGAAAUAAAGGGGAGCUUUAA